AUGCAAGCAGAAUCGGACGGCACGCAGUCUCCCGCAUACCACCCCCUCUUCUCUUCAUCCGACGGCGACACUGUCUUGGGCUCGAAGGACCGUACCCUCUUCCGCGUACAUUCGUAUACGCUAAAAACGACCUCGGGAUGGUUCCGCACCAUGUUCACCCUGCCGACCGGGGGCGAGCCCGAAUCGCCCGCGAGCCACAUCUACCUCGACGAGGACAGCACCACCCUCGAGGGGCUUCUGCGUUUGGCCUGUGGUCUGCCCAUCCCGUCACUGGACUCGUACGACGUCAUAGAGGCUAUUCUACUUGCUGCUGAGAAGUAUGAUAUGCCAGGUCCAAUGUCGAUCGUACGCGCCCUCAUUGCGACGCCGCCGUUCGUCGCGGACCCGCUCCGUCUGUACGUCGUUACCUGUCGCUAUGGGUGGGCCGACGAAGCGCGCAUGGCCUCACAGCACACGCUUACACUCAGUUUGCACGAGCCCGAGCACCGCAUGCAGCUGAUGAAGCUCUCACCGCUUGCGCUUCUCAGCCUCUUCGAAUUGCAUCGCGGGCGGCGCGAAGCGCUCCGUCGCAGGCUUGAUGACCCGCCAUUCGUCAAUGCGGGCGGUGAUACACUAUGCAGCAACUGUGGCAAUGUCGUUGACUACCAUACCUGGCGCGAGCUCAAGUAUGCCAUCAUUCUGGAGAUGGAUGUACGACCACUGGGCGAUACAGUGUGCAACAAAGGUUUGCUGGAGUGGCCUGCGGCGCGAGCGUGCUGGGAUGCUCGAUGUGUGACCUGUGACCGGCCGCUUUACGACCAGAAGGAGACCCUGCGUGUCAUUCGGGAAUGCAUCGACCAGCUGCCCCGAACGAUCGAUCCAGAUCCAGCCUUGCCCAUAAUCGCAUCAUGAAGAUCUGCAUUUUCGGUUCCCUCUGUGUAUAAUGUAUAAUCAAAACCACCUUCUCAUUGCGCUUUUCCCGGAGUAUUCUCCCGUAAGGCCUUACCCAGCAUCACAUUAUUCCCACGGACUAUAUCCACCGCAUAUCCUCUGCAUUGAUACAUGUAAUGGUACAUAUAUCUCGAUAUCACAAGCACCAUUGGUCUUGAGCUUGA